AUGCCGUAUGUUAAGCAUCAGCGCGACCGCGAUGCUGCUUCCAGGUUCAAACGCCGAGAACUCGGAGUUACCUGGAAAAACUUGUGUGUGGAGGUUGUCAGUACGGCGGAGGCUGCCGUGAAUGAGAAUGCCUUAUCACAAUUCAACAUCCAUCAGCACGUGAAGGGCUCAUGCGACAAACCAGCAAUGCGAUCAGUCCUUCAAAACAGCCACGGCUGUGUCAAGCCGGGCGAAAUGCUGUUGGUCCUAGGACGACCCGGCUCGGGUUGUACCACCCUCCUCCGAAUGCUUUCCAAUCACCGACGGGGCUAUAAAUCCAUCAACGGGGAUGUUCGCUUUGGUUCGUUAACCCAUGACGAAGCCGCGCAGUAUAGAGGCCAGAUUGUCAUGAACACGGAAGAGGAACUAUUCUUUCCCACCCUGACUGUCGGCCAGACAAUGGAUUUUGCCACUCAACUCAAGAUACCCUUCCAUCUACCGGAUGGGAUCGAGUCAGCCGAGGAGUAUCGCCAGGAUAUGAUGCAGUUCCUCCUUGAAUCAAUGGGCAUCUCUCAUACCUACGAUACCAAGGUAGGCAAUGAAUAUGUGCGCGGAGUGUCGGGUGGGGAGCGGAAACGGAUCUCUAUCAUUGAAUGCUUGGCCACGCGAGGCUCUGUCUUUUGCUGGGAUAACAGCACCAGAGGCUUGGAUGCCAGCACCGCACUAGAAUGGACGAAAGCAAUUCGCGCCAUGACUGAUAUCCUGGGUUUAUCCAUGAUUGUCACACUGUACCAAGCAGGCAACGGAAUUUAUGAUCUGUUUGAUAAGGUGCUUGUGCUGGAUGAGGGAAAACAAAUUUACUACGGGCCCACGUCCCAAGCCCGCUCUUUAAUGGAGAAUUUGGGAUUCCUCUGUCACGAAGGCUCAAACGUGGCGGACUUCCUCUCUGGAAUCACAGUACCGACUGAACGACAAAUUCGACCGGGCUAUGAGCAGCGUUUCCCCCGAAAUGCGGAUAUGGUCCGCAUAGAAUACGAAAAGACCCCUAUCCACGAGCAAAUGAUGGCAGAGUAUGACUAUCCGGACACAGCCUCUGCACGCGAACGCACUGAAGACUUCAAGGCCGCUAUCGCCCAUGAAAAGCAUAAGCAUCUACCCCAGAACAGCCCAUUGACCACCCAUUUCUUGCACCAAGUGAAGACCUGUAUCAUCCGGCAAUACCAGAUUCUCUGGGGAGACAAAGCAACAGUCAUCAUGAAACAGAUCUCCACACUGGUACAGUCCUUGCUUGUAGGGUCUCUAUUCUAUAACGCCGCGGACGAUUCAAGUGGUCUGUUCAUCAAAUCUGGUGCGCUGUUUUUCUCUGUUCUGUAUCACAGCCUGCUGGCCAUGUCCGAAGUUACCGCUUCAUUCAGUGGCCGGCCCGUUUUGAUCAAACACAAAGGCUUUGCCUUCUUUCAUCCUGCCGCAUUCUGCAUUGCCCAAAUUGCUGCCGAUAUACCUGUCUUGCUCGUGCAGAUAUCCUUAUUCUCCCUGGUUUUGUACUUCAUGGUGGGAUUGACCAUGUCAGCGUCCGCAUUCUUCACCUACUGGGUGGUUGUCUUUUCUUCCACCAUUUGUAUGACGGCUUUAUUUCGGGCGAUCGGCGCGGUCUUUAAGACUUUUGACGGGGCAUCCAAGGUGUCCGGAUUCCUCAUUUCGGCACUUAUCAUAUAUAUCGGUUACAUGAUUCACCAGCCGCAGAUGCAUCCAUGGCUCGCUUGGAUCCACUGGAUCGAUCCCUUAUCAUAUGCUUUCGAAUCCUUGCUCGCCAAUGAGUUUCACCAGAAAAUAAUUCCAUGCGUGGGCAACAAUCUCGUGCCCUCAGGGCCUGGCUAUCGCGAUUCCCAGCACCAGUCUUGUUCUGGCGUUGGGGGUGCAGUCCAGGGAAGCACUUUUGUAACGGGCGAUCAGUACUUGGGUUCAUUGUCAUACAGCCAUGCGCAUGUCUGGCGUAAUUUUGGCAUUCUCUGGGCAUGGUGGGCAUUAUACGUCGUUGUUACAAUCAUCGCAACAUCCCGGUGGCAAUCGCCAUCUGAGAGUGGCAGUUGCCUACUCAUCCCGCGCGAGAGACUGUCGCGGGACCGGCAAGUGCCUCAUCAAGAUGAGGAAUCCCAAGUCCCAGAAAAAGAUGGGCGGUCGGUCUCAGACAGUAACUUUCAGGCAUCCGACGAAGUCGACAAGCAGUUAAUCCGGAAUACCUCAGUGUUCACCUGGCAGAAUCUGAGUUACACGGUCAAAACACCUUCUGGGGACCAGGUAUUACUAGACAAUGUACAUGGUUGGGUGAAGCCUGGAAUGCUUGGAGCCUUGAUGGGCUCAUCAGGUGCUGGAAAGACAACUCUAUUAGAUGUAUUGGCUCAGCGAAAGACCGAAGGCACGAUUCAGGGAUGCAUCAUGGUGGAUGGGCGCCCAUUGCCGGUUUCCUUCCAGCGGUCAACUGGGUAUUGUGAGCAGUUAGACGUCCAUGAACCAUUUGCAACUGUACAUGAAGCUCUAGCGUUCUCUGCUCUGCUUCGUCAACCACGCCAUGUCCCUCGUGAUGAGAAGCUGAAGUAUGUUGACACCAUCAUUGACCUGUUAGAGUUGCAUGACAUUAAAGACACAUUAAUCGGCCGCGUUGGCGCUGGAUUGAGCGUGGAACAGCGAAAACGGGUCACCAUUGGGGUGGAGCUUGUCUCAAAACCAAGUAUCUUGAUCUUUCUAGAUGAACCAACAUCUGGUCUAGAUGGUCAAUCUGCCUUUAACACUGUCCGUUUCCUUCGGAAGCUGGCAAAUGUGGGACAGGCUGUGCUGGUGACCAUUCACCAGCCAUCUGCACAGCUGUUUGCUGAAUUUGAUACACUAUUGCUUCUGGCCAAGGGCGGAAAAACAGUUUAUUUUGGGGACAUUGGUGACAAUGGGCAAACUGUCAAAGAGUACUUCGCUCGGUACAAUGCUUCAUGUCCUCCUAACGCUAACCCUGCUGAACACAUGGUUGAUGUGGUAUCAGGUCAUCUUUCCCAGGGCCGCGACUGGAGCCAGGUAUGGCGUGAAUCUCCUGAACAUGAGCGCAUGAUAAAGGAGCUCGACGACACCAUCCACAAUGCAGCAUCCAAACCCCCGGGAAGUCAUGAUGAUCAUGAGAGUGAAUUUGCCAUGCCACUUUGGGAACAGACAAAGAUUGUUACUGCGCGAAUGUGCAUUGCAUUGUAUCGAAAUACACAAUACAUCAACAGCAAAUUUCUCUUGCAUAUCAGUUCUGCCCUAUUCAAUGGCUUUACAUUUUGGAUGAUAGGAAACAGCAUCGCUGGGCUGGAACUGCGUCUGUUUACCAUUUUCCAGUUCAUUUUCGUGGCCCCGGGAGUGAUAAACCAGUUGCAGCCACUUUUCCUAGAGCGCCGAGACAUUUAUGAAGCCCGUGAAAAGAAGUCCAAAAUGUACUCGUGGGUAGCCUUUGUGACGGCUUUGAUCGUCUCGGAGUUGCCUUACCUCUGCAUUUGCGCUGUGUUGUACUUUGUGUGUUGGUAUUAUACAGUCGGUUUCCCUAACGAUGCGAAUACAGCCGGGGCAACCUUUUUCGUGAUGUUGAUGUAUGAGUUUGUCUACACUGGGAUUGGGCAGUUUAUUGCGGCCUACACCCCCAAUGCCACUUUUGCGUCUCUGGUAAAUCCCUUGGUUAUCGGUACUCUGUCCUCGUUUAGCGGUGUUUAUGUGCCAUACUCGGAAAUCGUCGUGUUCUGGCGGUACUGGCUCUACUAUAUCAACCCGUUCAAGUACCUUAUGGGGAGCUUGCUGGUCUUUAACGUCUGGGAUGUGGAGGUUCACUGUACUGACAAUGAGUUCGCAGCGUUCAACCCACCUAACGAAUCCACUUGUGGCCAGUAUCUUUCCUCCUAUAUGGAAGGCCCGGGAUCCCGGAUGGACUUGACCAAUCCGGAGGCCACCUCAGACUGUCGAGUGUGUCAAUAUCGGAUGGGAAGUGAUUAUCUUUAUACCCUCAAUCUCAAGGCAUAUUAUUAUGGGUGGCGCGACGCCGCGAUUGUGGCGCUUUUUGCCAUCAGCUCUUAUGCACUUGUUUAUUUCUUGAUGAAACUGCGCACUAAGGCUUCGAAGAAAGCUGAGUGA